GUGAAGACAGCAGCAAAAAGGUAUUUUAGCAUGGUGAUCAUUAAAACCAACAAACGUAACGAAUAUUUUUGAUUUUGUAAUAAUGGAGAUAAGGCAUGAUUAGGUAAAAUCUUUAUUCAAUUUGGUGCUUAUAAACAUAUUUUAUAUCUGGUGUUCCCGAAUAGAUAUCUUUUGAGAUAUCUGUAAGGCUUCCAUGCAUAAAAUUAAAAUACAUUUAACAUUGUUAUGCCUACAGCAUAAAUCGAGCUAGGUAAUUUCAUCUGAAUAUUUUAUCCUGCAGGUAUUUCACUUUUUUUCCAUUAAAGUCACACAAAGACACCUUUUCACAUUUACAACCACAAGCCUCAAUGUAUUUUAUUAGGAUUUUAUGUGAUUGCGCUACAGCAUUCCCACAGUGAAACAUGGUAGUGGGAGCAUCAUUUUGUGGUCAUGAUUGUCUUCAGCAGGGAGGUGGAAGCUGGUCGGAGUUGAUGGCAAAAUGGAUGGAUCUAAAUUCAUGGAAGAAAUACCUGUUAGAGUGUGGUAGAGCUUCAUCUUCCAGCGGGACAACCCUGAGCAUAAAGCAAAGCCCAGGUAUUGUCCAAACCUAAAUCCAACUGAGAAUUUGUGGCAGGACUUGAUUGAGCCUUUUUUUUUUUUUCCAGUAUUUUUUGACAGUAGUUAGACAGGAAAUGGGGGUGGAGAGAGAGGGGAAGACAUGCGGCAAAUGUUGCCGGGGCUGGGACAGCUGCAUCAAGGACUAAGGCCUCCAUACAUAUGGGUUGCGUGCUUGACCCCCUACACCACCAGCAUUGCACCCAUUGUUUUUUUUUGUUUUUUUUUAUACUAAACCCAUAGACCCUAAUUAUAAGAAUACACUUCCAGAACAUGUUGUUUCCAGAAGCUGCAGCUUGUUGUGUGACUGCCUGAGACACCCUCUUUUCUGCACCCAUCUGGUACAGCACGUGAGGUAUGUCCCUGCACAUUCAAUGAAUAGAAACACUUAAGAGCCUGUAUGUGUUGAGCUUACUCUCUGUGAGAGAGGUCACAUUGCUCUUAGCCCUUAAAUCAAUGCACUGGCCCUUCCUGAAAUAAGCGCUUUCAUUUAAAGCCCUUCUCGAAGAAUGUAAGUGUGUCUCACUCUUGGCUUGUGAUAUACAAGCCUCUAGGAUGUCUCGGAUGAUCUGCGGUCACUGCUGUAAUGGUUGGGCCCAGAGAUCAAAGUACACAUAAGCAAAUGGCUCUCAUUCGUCAUGAUGCCAACUAUUUAAAUGCAUUUAAUUAGAAGAGCAGAUGUAUGCAGUAUGCUGUCUUUAUUUUUUGCUUUCAAACUUGCAUUUUUCUAUUUUUAGUCAUUUUGUAAUAUUGUGGAAUAUUUGGUCAGGUAAUGUUAUUUGUAUUUUUAUCUCGAAGAUUGCAGUUGAUUUUCUAUUUAUUUUUUUUAAUUUCAAUCUCGUAAAGUUAGUUUUCUCUGAUGUUGAUGCUUUCUUUGUAUGAAAAUAUAAAACUUAUUUUCAUACAAAAAAGGGUAGAUUGUUGCUGAAAUUAUGGCAUAAUUUCUGUGUUAUAGAGGAAAGAGGUGCAUGUUUUACAAUAAGUUUUAAUUAUUUGGCUUUUAUUUAAGGGUCAUAGAAGAGAGGUCUCAAACAGGGAAACGUAUUGAUGAACAUUUAAUUAACUCUUUUGCACUGAAAAGUGAACAUACAUUUUUUAAAUAAUUUUUAAUUAUGGGUUUUUUUUCUUUACAUUAUCUUGCAUGUUCUACAGUAUCAUCAAUUAAAAUGCUUAAACAAUGCUUUCACUGUAGGACUCUAAAGUAGCUAGUCCAAAGACCAUAAUUAGCAGAUUAAAUGAAAAAAUAAAGGAUAUCAGUAAUUUGUAGAUCAUUUAAAUAAUAUAUUGUCCAUAAACGGGCAGAAAAACAAUAUAUAAACAAUUAAAGCUGAUUGAUCUUAUGCACAACUGUGUUCUCUUUAAGAAUUAGAUGAACCAGGAGCAGUUUCUACAUCUCUUAAAAAUACUGGAUGGUGAUGUCUAAGCCUGUGAACAGUAUAGACAGUAUUUUAAUGUCAUCAAUCUGCUGGACAAAAAUUACAGCUGAUUUUGUUUUAUUUGUUAAAUUAAUUGAUUGCACAGCAAAACAGGCAACAUAAGCUCCUUAUGCAUAUUUUAGUUGCAGCUAAAUUUGUUGUAUUAUGUCAUCUAUUUGUGCCACAAGACACUAUUCAGACGUGCCACAAUGCAUCGCAGCACUGUUCUGCAGUAGUAUUUCCAUUGCACAGUUGUUAGGGAAAAUGUACUACAGCCCCAUGGAUAGCAGGAGGUGUGGCUGUAACAUUAGAGUGGUGCAGGGAUUAAAAUCCAUGACAAGCACAUGGUUCAAAGGGUGGAGAAACGGCUUAGUAUGGAGUUGUCAACAAAAACGUCAGCUAGAGGGAAACUGACUCGUGACACCAGAGCAGCUUCUGUGUGUAGAAGUGAAAUAGAUAGAAAUCAUCUCAAGAAUCAUUGGAGCUGUCCAAUGUGGCAUAAUAGCACACAAGACUGUAGCAGAAACUCAAAUUCUACCUGUUGCUCUUUAAAUCUUACUAAUAUAUGAUCAGACUAUUCUGUGACUCAUCUUUGACCUCUGUCCAAGAAAACCAGCUUUAAACCUCCUGAGUUUGAGCUCUGUUUAGUGUACGAUGAUUCUGAUAUGAGCAUAAAGGACAGCACUGAUCCACCACAUUUUUUUGUGUCUCUUAAAUAAAGCUUACUUUAUGCAGUCUUUCUGUGGCGCAAGCAGGAAUACCGGUUCUACAUGCAACAGAUCUGGGGCUGCUCCUCUGCAUGCCGGUGUCAGCCCCUCUAUAACAGGACACGGAGAAUCUGACAUCACAGUCCAGCACUCCUUAUAAGCACCUGAACAUCCACGUCAUGCCUUGCUCCCAAUAUGAAAAGCGUGUGAUUGUUUUCCACAUGAGACUCUGUGCAGACAUAGUAGGGUGGAACUAUAUAUCCUCAAUGAAGACUCUUUUCUCACACUAAAAGCAAGGCAGACAGUGAUUGUUGCUGGUCUCCCGCUAUAUUAUGGAGGCGACAUCCUCUCCCCAGGACACCAACACCCAUGCAGCAUCACUACUGGCAUAUCUGAACCAUCAGAGAGAUCAAGGCAUAUUUUGUGACUGUGUACUAAGGCAGGGGCAGAACUCAGAUCAGCUGUACCAUGCACACAGGUGUAUUUUGGCAGCCUCCAGUCCAGUGUUGGCAUCCAUCCUGUCCUCAUCUGGUGUCCUAGUGGAACUACAUGAUCCAAGUCUAUCGGACACUGUGCUACCAUCCCUUUUGGACUAUAUUUACACUGGGGUUCUUCCAAACCCUCUCAGCCAACAGGAUUAUUACAGACUGCUCUCUGCUGCCUGCCACAUGCAGAUGAAAAAAUUGCAUAAUGCUCUGAGAGCAACCUGGCUGCAGAUCCCAGUUAAUGCUUCAGAUGAUAAAAGUGCUCCUGGCAUAGCUGGAAGGUAUCCAUGUAAAGAGACUGAAAAUACUUGCAAGACUGAUUUGAAGACAGUCAAAGACUUUCCAUCGUCAGCCAUGACAUAUUCUUUUCAAAAGCUUGAAACAACAACUACACAGCAGUUACUUAAUGAGGAGUUAUUUCAAGAAGCGCAGAUAAAUUCAGUCAGCACUGAUCCCAGUAUUGAAAAUGGUGAUAGAAGUAUAACACAGCAAUAUUCAAAUAGCCUCAUAAGAACGGGCUCUGCUACUUUAGAAGAUUUAAAUACUUUCAGCAUACUUGAAAGAAUCGACAAUGUUGAUGCUUGUGACAACAGACAGGAAAAAUCUCUGACACAAAAGAACUCAAUGAAGCAUAAAGCUGACACAGGCAAGGUGCAUGACAUAUCUGGAGUAAUUCAGUACAGGGAUGUAGAUAAGCAUCAUUCACCUAACUUUCUAAAAGCAGACAUUGAACAGAGAAUCCCAGAGGAAGAGCUACUCAGUACAUCUGAGAACAGAAAGAGAGACUCUUCAACUUUUUCAUCAUCGUCUCGUUCAUGCUGUGGGGCAGUACCUGUCAUCUGUCACAGUAGCAGAGCUGCUGUUCUGCAGCAGUCGGAAGUCUCUGCAGGACUUCCUCACAAUCAAGCAUCUGAGUCUUCAGUGCAAGUUCUCUCCAACAUGGCCCAUUUCCCACUCUUCCUCAGCACAGACAAUGACAACACUGUUGAAGCUGUUACCACUGAUUGCAAAGAUCAAGAUGAAGUACAAAAUCAGGACCCUAGAAGCACUAUAAGGCACACUAAAUGUGCUACUGGCUGCAAGGUGAACAAGGAUCACAACAGCAACAAUGUGCAUCAAUUUAAAUUCAGUGAACACACCAACCUGAGUUCAUCCUAUAAUAUGAACAAUAACAAUCAGAACGCCAAUCGCGAUUCUUUGCAAAGUCACACAAAACAUUUUGGAGAAUUUUUGAUCCAGAAUAAUGACUCAAGAACAGGCUUAAAACACCAAAUUGAAAGUGAUUUGGAUCCUGUGCCCUCCAAAUAUCAACGCUUAGAUUGUUUUGAAUGCCAGAGAACACUGUUGACAACUGCAACACAGGAACAAUCAAAAGAUCAGGGAGCUGUAGUUUCACUUCCCAUGGAGACACAAGACACAGGAAGUAACUUUCACUGUGAAGAAUGUCUUGAGGAGGAAGUGAGAGGGGAACACAGUUACUCUAGCAGGUGUCCUGCUGUAACAGAUAUAGAGGAAAAUCAUUGCAAGACAUCUGGACCUAUAACAGACUGGUACCCUAACGUCUACAAAGGUGACAAAAGCAGAAAGGAUGAUAUUUCUAGCAAGGGUGAAUAUAAAGUUAGUAAUAAACAAACAAAAUUCACAUGUAUCACAUCACAAUCAGGACUGGUUAACAGUUUAUCUGCUUCCAAACACUGCAUAGUGCUUGAAAGUAGAACAAGUUCAAGGCCUGAAACCAUUGAGCCACAUUGCUCUUCAAAAGCGCCUAUAGACAAUAACUUGUCUGGCACUACAAGACACACUGGUCCACCAUACCAUUGGCAGAGCAAACCAUGUGAGAUUGCAUCACUUCAUGACUUUAAUCACAAACUCUCUAAGCCUGGCCUCUCUCCUGAUUCAGAUGAGUUGAGUGAUGUCGAUUCCUUUGAUUUCUCAGGUCAAAGGUCCCUGAGACAAUACUUUCCUGUAGAGACAGAAGACCAUUCGGAUAUAAACACCAAACAUAAUGAGACAGCUGCAAUCACAAGUCAUAAUAAUGCACAAACAGAUCAGGGUUCCUCUAUAGCCAGAGGUGGGAGCAUUGACGAGUCUGACAGAGAGAGAGACGGCAAAGAAGAAAAACCUUUUGAUAUAAAACAAUAUCGAACAAGAGUUUGGGUUACACAAAACACUGGUGUCAUGGAGGGUUCCAAACCUAAUGAGGGAGAAACCAUUAUUAGCACCACUCCAGUGUGUUCACCUCUUAGUGAGCCAGAAUAUGAUCGAGCCUCCAAGCCACCCACUGUAUCUGUUUGCAUACCUUGCACCCUUCCAGCCACUAUGGCAACAGAUAAGUCAGCUCAUCUGUCAUCUCCCAAUCAUCAGGCUUUCCAGUGCUCUCUGUGUGAUCGUUCCUUCAGCCAGAGAGGUUCUCUGAACAGGCAUGUGCGGAGCCACCUUGGCGUACGGCCCUUCCCCUGCCCCUGCUGCCGAAUGACCUUCUCACGCCAGUAUCGUGUCACAGAGCACAUGCGUGUUCACCAGCGUUGUGCUCUUGGAAAUGGCUUACAAAAGACCCCUGAGUCUUCUGUUGCAAACAACGAGGAAAGACCGCCAAACUAGAAUUGUUUGGUAACACUAUUGCACUAAAAUAGAAUACAAAGGUCAUAGGGGUUCUUCCUGUAACCGGUUGUUUGCCGGUUUGAACACCCGCUCUGUCCAUCUCAGUCAUGGUGUCUUUGGGCUAGACACUUCAUCCACCUUGCCUGCUGAUAGUCAUCAGAGAGCCCGGUGGUGCUGAUUGUAUGGCAGCCCCACCUCUGCCAGCCAGCCCCAGGGCGGCUGUGGCUGUGAUGUGGCUUACCACUGUCAGUGUGUGAAUGGGUGCAAAGCACUUUGAAAUCCUCGGGCCUGAUAAAGCGCUGUACAAGUUAUAAGCCUUCUACAUGUAGAACAGAUGCUGAAGAUUUUGCAGCAACAAAUUAUAUUUACUUUCAGCGGUUCCUUGAGACUAAGCAAAAGCCAUAAAUCAGUGGCAAUGUUUGUUAAGACAUCUGUCUGUUUUUUCUCAUGAGAUAAUGGAUAUGUCUAUAUAGUGUACCUUGGUUGUUUUCGGUUCCCUAGCCAUGGAGAACAUAAAAGUCAAUUCAAAAUAACUAAUUACUGACAAUAAUGAUAAUAUAGAUCACGAACAUAUAUAACUUCUGACAAAAUAAAAUUAUAAGACACAAAAA